AUGGCCGACGAAGCCAACUUCCGUGUUAUCAACACAGACAACAAAUGGAAGAUCCUCAGGACUCAUUGGCGAUAUUCAUGGUGGGCGAUAUGGGUUUCCUUUGGGACUAUCAUGCAAGGCUUUGACAACGUCGCAAAUGCCGAGAUUAUCUCUAUGAUCGCUUUCACCAAGCAGUUUGGCGAGGAAAACAAGCAAGAUCCCGGCACCUACUUUAUUCCCUCUCCCUGGCUCGGUGGUUGGCAAGGAGCAAUGCAGGCUGGCAGCGCCAUUGGAGCAUUUGCAGCAGGGUAUCUCAUGGACCGCAUCGGCAGGAAAAAGUCCAUUCUGGUCGCCUGUGCUACCAGCUGCAUUGGGGUAGGAGUGCAGUAUGCUGCGCACGAGUGGCAAGUCUACCUCGCGGGCAAGUUUGUCAAUGGGCUUGCAAUCGGUGUGUGGUUCACUCUGGCUCCCACCUGGAUUGGCGAGAACGCUCGUCCCGAAUGUCGGGGUUUAUUCCUUUGCCUGUAUAACAGCACCAUUGUCUUUGGCCAGGCUCUCGUGGCCUUCGUUGCCCAAGGUGCAGUCAAGAUUGACGGCCCGUGGAGUUAUCGGACUAUCAUUCUACUGCAGAUGAUGUUUCCUGCAAUUGGCUUUGCUGGGUACUUCUUUUUUGCCGAAUCGCCGUACUGGCUAAUCCAACAGGAUCGCAUUGAAGACGCACGCAAGCAGCUGACCAAGUUGUACACAGCCAAGUACUCCGACUUUGUUGACUUGGAACUCGACCGUCUGCACGAAGAAACUCGUUUCGCAGCCGAGCUCAAGGCUGCUGCGAACCUAGGCGGGCCAGCGAUCUGGCAAGUCUGGAGGGGAGGCAACAGAAUCCGCACUUUUACUGCCGUGUUCAUCUCGGCUGGCCAGCAGCUCAUGGGCGCCAGUUUCGUCCUGGGAUACCUGACUUACUUUCUGCAGCUCAUCCAUGUCAAGAAUGCCUUUUCGGUGUCGGCAGGUCUCUUCGUGGUCAUGCUGUGCUCCACCACUUCAGCCUUUCCUUUGAUCGAAAUUUUUGGUCGUCGCAAGAUUCUGAUUGUGCCUUGCUUCCUCUUGGUGUUCAUUCUGCUGAUCAUUGGUAUCAUGGGGUGCAUCUCCAACACCAACGCAGCUGGCUACGUCAUCACGACUUGUAUAUUCUUGUGGGGUGCAAUCUACCAGUUUUCACUGGGAGCGACCGGCUUUGCCGUAGCAUCCGAAAUCGCAACGCUGCCGCUUCGAGCCCAGACACAAGGGUACAUUGUGGCCACCGACGCCUUUUUCGGCUGGCUGAUUGGCUUUAUCGUGCCGUACAUGAUCAACCCACGGCCAAGUGGCGCCAAUUUGGGAGGCAAGGUUGGCUUCGUCUUCUUCGGACUGGGAACUAUUGUCGCCGUUACUUUGUACUUCAUCACCCCAGAUACAAGAGGGCUCAGUUUCGACGAACUCGACUGGCUCUAUUCUCAAGGUGUCAGCCCGAGAAAGUUCCAGGAAGUGAUGAAGACUCGAAUCGACAACGGCGAGCAAACGCUGGAAGCUAACGUGGGAGGGAAGACAAUCUCAACUCACAUCAACCAAAUCGAGAUGGCUGAGACGAAAGCCGCGACAGUUGCGGAGCACAAAGAGGCGGCUUGA